GGUGUAAACAGCAAAAAAAAAAAAAAAAAAAAAAAAAAAAAGAAAGGAGAGACUUUCACACGCACAAAUUUUUUUAAAAAAUGGAAAAGCAGAGAUAUAUUUUCGCGAUAUCUUACUGUGUGCACCUUACUAACAACAUACUGUGUCGGUGGUCACAGCUAUAGUACUGUGGCUUGAAAAGUUGUAUUUGAAGUAUAUUUAUUAAGAUAAUUUCAGAUGUUCAUGCAGCUUUUCUGUGUUAUUGGACGAGGAAAAUCAUGUUUCUGUGUAGUAGUUACGGACCCUGGAAGAAGGGGCUUUUGUGGUAUUGAAAACUCUCUUGCUUAUUAAGCAUGAACAUUACUGAGUAACAUUCAGGAGUAAAGUAUCGUUCGCACAGACAGAGGACCGUAUGGGUGUAUUGAAGUCAGGUCUACACACACAUUAUAAUUAUUAAAGUUUGAUUGUUUGGAUGUCAUAACUGCUGGAUGAAGGUUUUCUCGCACCAAUAAUUUUCACUUUUUAUAUUCUUCUGCUUAUUCAUUUUAUUUCUCAUCAAACUGAUCCACCCAAGUAUAAAAACGCUAGGUCCGAGGACCAUCAGGAUGCCAACAUCUGUUGCAGGGCUGAUGUUGGUUUUGACCCUGUAAUAUGGUCAUAAGAACAGGGUCGAGCAUGUUAUUAUGUUAUGCACUCAAAGCAUCCUUUAUGCUCCCGGAUCUCCAGGCUGCUCUUCAGCCAUUUCCUGCGGAAAAUUUUAUUUCCCUCGCCAGCUGUGGUGAGGCUGGUGUAGAGACUCCAUCAUUGCUAUGAGGCAUAACUAGUUGAUGUUGAUCAUUACUGAAUGGAGAAUUCAGACAUGGGGAAAGGUCUGAAAAAGUUCAAACUUUACCUCUGCUUGCUGGCUGUGAGUGUGGUCAUUCUGUGGGCUGUCCUCGCAAACGGCGUCAGCAGCUCCGUGGCCAACAAAUUUUCCCAUCAAGAUUCGCCAGGUCUGUCCACCAUCACCGGUGGAGGGCGCGACCUGGACAAGAACACAACCACGUGGGUGACGACGAUGGACGUGGGUCACGAGGCAGCCGCACAGGUGUCCGAUAAGGUCAUCGUGUACGGCUGUUUCCAGAUGGGCGACUGCGGCGGGUGGGCGGAUCGUCAGAAGGGCAUCGUGGGCUCCUACAUCCUCUCGCUGAUGCUGCGGAGGCGGUUCAAGAUCCACAUUCGGGAACCGUGUGAACUGACGAGUUACCUUCUGCCCAACGAGGUGGACUGGACGAUGGGGCCCAACGAGCUGGAGGGCAAAGACAAGGUGUUCGUGAGAGCCAUCGACAUCGUGGGGUUGAGUGUAUUUACAGACCUGUUAAAAAACGAGGACCUGCAGACAGCCAUGCCGCACAGCUACACAGUCAUUCAGACCAACAUGGAGGUCGUGCAGUUCCUCGCCAAGCACCGGGCUGCUGCCGAAAACGUGCCUUGGCUGAAAGGGUUGUCCGUGCCGGACGCCUACCGCCUGGCGUUGACCAAACUCUUCAAACCCGGGCCCAAGAUCGUCGAGCAGCUGGAGAUGUUCAAGAAAAGUGUUCCUGCUGAGAAAAAGCUCAUCUGCGCACAGGUGCGUAUAGGCGAUCAGUCGCACAUCGCGGGUGGUUACCAGUUACACCCGGUGGAGCACUACGCGGUGGUGGAGACCUUUCUCAACAAGACCGUUGACCCGCGAAACUGUCGUCUGCUAGUGACGUCAGACACACCGGAAAUCGUCGAGCGGGCCAGACGGCAGUUUUCAGAGGUGUUUGUGACCAUCCCAGGGCCCAUCACCCACGUGGACAAGACGCAUGGACAGGUGGCGUGCGAGGGGUUCGGCAAGGCAGUCAGCGAACAACUGACUCUGGCCACCUGUGAUGUGCUAGUUAUCUCAGAGAGCGGCUUUGGCAAAAUCGCAGCCUUCAUGAGGGGGCGGGACAGUGACUUGUAUCUGUUCUACUCGGACAAACUGGAGCCUUGCGCCAGGAAUUCUACGUUUCCCUCUAAAGAGGGUUGGUGACGUGCACUUCUUGUACUCCAACAAGCUGUAGUCCUGCUCCAGCGAUGCAUCGUGUUCUUACCAUGAUGCUCAGAAACAAUGUACGAGAGAAUGAGAGAAAGAAUUAGAACGCUAUAGAGAGAGAGGAAAAAAUUAGAGAGUGUGAUAUUUGAAACAAAACUAGAAAGAGAGAAAGGAAACUAGAGUGAGAGCUAGACAGAAAAGAAUAGAGAGAAAGAAAGUUGAGAAAGAGGGUGGAUUCGACACAAAGCUCAGAGAGCUCAUUGAAUUGUCUUCCCUUUGUCAGCGAUUUAGUUGCAAUAGCAACAAAACUGUGUUCCCCGAUGUAAACUAGUAAGAGUCUGGUUGUCUGGUUGAAAGGACUCAACAAUCGCUUUUUUUUGGCGGUUGUUACGUGAUACGUCACUUCCGGCUGGGUCGCGUUAAUGUAUGCAAGGAAGUCUUUGCUGUACGCCAUUGUAGGGAAUUCUGUAUUCAAGGCAGCUAUGCACCUAUCACUUAUUUACUUCAGUUUAGGGGUCUUAAAGAAGGAGGUAAAUUUCUGUGUGUGUGUGUGUGUAAAAUCAUUGCUCGUUAUUUUACUAGGAGUAAGUGAUGAUAAAAACCUUUAUAUCUACAACAUGAACCAGCAGUAGGAUAUUUUGAGGGAAAGAACUUUCUAUUAAGCACAACAGGUUGUGGUUAUUUCGCUCUUUUAUUUCUUUAUGUGCUGGUUCACUUGUUUCUUUGUUAAACCAUUUAUUUAUUGUUUUCUUUGUCUCUCAUACCGUUGAUAUAUUUUAUCCUGGAAGUAAGACGAACGUUGAACCAAGUGUUCGAUGUUUUGCCUUGUGACGUUGUAACUUACGUCACUUCCCAAAGGUAAGAGCCGUUGGACCAUCAUCUGUUUCUGCUCUGUUGACAUUCCAUUCUUGUGCAGCCAAGUGAGAGACAGAAGAGUGGCUACAUCGCAAGUGUGUCUCUAAUACAGUGCAAUGUUGUUGUUUUUUGUUUUUUGUUUUUUUAAUCAAAGACGGUACCCAGCUCGCAUUAUCUCUCUCCGGCGAAGCACCCAGGACAUAUUAAAGAAAACGAUGUGAAGACUUAUUUACAAGGGAGACAACUAUUGUGACUUUUGAUCAAAUUAAGUCCUCCCUGUUUUAAAAUUAAUUUUCACGACAUUCCUUGCUGUCACAUUUUUUUCAAGGUUUAACAAAAAAAUAUUCCACCUUUAAAAAAAUCACAUUCCUUUUUUCAACAUGGCUUUAAUUUCAGCUAAGUAUUAUGAUUAAUAAAGCAUUUGAACAAGAA